CAUCGCUGUGACCUCAGGAUGCUCUCCUCCGCAAAUCUCCCUCCCAAACCUCCACCUGGCGUUGCUCCCCUUCCUCCGGGAUGGACUCAGCAUAAGGCGCCCACUGGGCACCCCUACUACUACAACAUGGCCACGAAGCAAUCCACAUAUACGCGACCCGUCUUUCAAUCUCAAGCACCCAGCCCGCCGCCGCCACCAGUUACACCGUCCUCCCAAAACGCUCAGAUCCCGAACGCAUUUCCAGGUCCGUUCGGCGGAAACUUUGGCCAGCAGGGAAACUUUAGAUCGCAAGGGGGCUUUGGACCACCGGGGAACUUUGGACAGCCUGGAAGCUUUGGUUCGCAGGGAAACUUCGGACCGCAAGGAAACUUUGGACAGCAAGGCAACUUGGUACCGCAAGGAAAUUUUGGCCCUCAGGGAAAUUUCGGUUCACAGGGCAACUUCGGUCAGCAGUAUCAGGGCUUCCCAGGUGGACAGCACCGUGGCAAUCACCGCGGUGGCCAUAAUUUCGACCGACGAGAUGCAGAGAGACGGGCGAAAGAUCGCCCAAAGCAUCGAAAAGACAUCCCUGGCUGCGCGCCAUGGGUCCUAGUAAAGACGAAGCUUGGUCGGCGCUUCGUUCACAACACCGAAACAAACGAAAGCUUCUGGAAAUACCCAGAGGAGGUCAGGAAAGGGGUCGUGGAGCUGGACAAGAUAGAACGCGAGAAGAAGCAGCGGAAAGAAUGCGGGGAACCCAACGGAGAUGAGACGGAAGUACCUGUACAAGUGGAGAAGACCCAAGCUGAUAAGGCUCAAGAGGAGACGGCCCAGGGAGCGGAGCCUAGGCCUGGCGCGUCAGAAGAGCGAGCCCAGGAUGAAAACGGGGAUUCUAGCGAGUACGAGGAGGUAGAGGUAACGGACGACGAAGAGGAGGACAACCCAUCGAAACGGCAACGGACUGAGGAACCGGCUGAGGACCAACCUGUCGAAUUCAAUGAAGAUGACAUAGCGUACCAGCUUGCUGCGAUGGGCCAAGACUACGGACUCGAUCCAGGCGAAUACGGAGACGGUGAAGAUGGGGACUGGGAGGAAGGCGCAGAAGGCCUCCCUUUGACAGAAGAGGAUUCAAAAGCGCUGUUCCGGGAUUUAUUGGACGACUUCCAUAUAAGUCCCUAUCAUACGUGGGAGAAGCUUAUCGAAGAAGGGAAAAUUAUCGACGACGACCGCUACACGGCUCUCACGAACAUGAAGGCGCGGAAAGAAUGCUGGAGCGAAUGGUCCAGAGACAAGGUCCAGGAGUUAAGAGAGCUACGCGAGAAGCAAGAGAAGAAUGAUCCCAAAAUCCCAUACAUGGCUUUUCUGCAGAAGAACGCGACUCCGAAACUAUUUUGGCCGGAGUUCAGACGGAAGUACAAGAAAGAACCUGAGAUGAAGGAUAUGAAGGUCUCGGACAAAGACCGGGAAAGGUGGUAUCGCGAGCAUAUCAAUCGUCUUAAACUACCUCAAGCAACUCUGAAGUCAGACCUCACGGCUCUGUUGAAGGCACAGCCACUGUCAGUUCUCAAUCAGUCAACUUCCUUGGAUGCGCUUCCUCCUACUCUGCUAGGUGACAUUCGAUUUAUCUCGCUAUCUCCAUCCACACGAGAUUCGCUCUUAGAAACCUACAUCGGUACCCUCCCAGCUGUCCCUGAAGGUGCAACAGCCUCUGCAGAGGAUGACGCAGAGCUGGAGAAGAAGAGGGCUGAGCGAGAACGGCGAGAGAAGGCUCUCGCUGAGCGCGAGAAGAGGGUGCAAGCAGAGAAGCACAAGCAGCGACGGGAUCUAGAGUUUGGGAGGGGCAGACUCCGGGAGGAAGAAAUGGAGCUGGAACGUGCGAUGAGAGUCAACAAAGAUGGCCUCAAGGGGUAUCUUGCUGAAGAAUGAGACUGAUCAGGGCACGUCGAGUUGGGUGUGUUACCCAUGGCAACUUGUGUCUGCCAUUAGUUCACUAUAUUCUAAAUCGGUGACCCAUUCCCGCCAACGCUUCGCUCAAACGACAUUCAAACCCAAGACGCUCAUAGAAUCACGAAAUCAGAAUCGGCCGUUUAGAAAAACCCCAUUUCUCAUCAUGCCUUUGGCUGCUGCGGCAACACAGGCGCCGGCCCAAUACUC